AUGGGAGGGACCUUAUUUUGGAGGCAACUCUCAGUCCUCGUAUGGAAGAACUUCAUCGUACUCUCAAAGCAUCCUUGGCUUAACAUCGUCCGAUGCCUAUUGCUGCCCAUCGGUUAUGCUGUUUUUCUUUCUGCGGCCCAAUUUUUCCUGCACAAACCCAACAACUUCGGUUUAGGUACCUCAACACCAGUCCCACGUCUGCUCGAGCAAUACGACGGAUCUCUGCCUCUCGUAUGGGUCGACGGUACCAAUGGGUCGGGCACUCCGUCUGCGGAUGCAAUCAUGAAUCAGGUCAUGCUCCCGUUCAACUCCAAGCAACGCGCGAACGUCAAGCUAGUGGCCAGUCCCGAGGAGGUUCCUUCGGCAUGUCCAGAGAACUUCAUCGGUCUUUCUCGGUGUUAUUCGGUCAUCGUCUUCAAUUUUCUACCCACCGCAGGCGACCCCGACAGUGUGAAGCAGGUGCUCAACUACACCCUCCGCGCUGAUAGCGGCCUCUCCUUCAUUGACGUCGUGAAGCACACGAGUAGCGUCGAGGAGCGCCUCAUGCCCCUCCAAUGGGCGGUCGACAGCGCAUACAUCGAGCUUGUGACAGGCUCGACGCCGUAUAGGCCCUAUGAAUGGCCCUUCACGCAAACGGACAACACCGAGCAGUACACGGCAAUCCGCCUGAGUUACCUUCGCGGGACACGCAUGAUCUUGGUCAUCGCCCACUUCAUCGCAUUCGUCGGGAUCGCGUACCAGUUGCCCGGCGCGUUCGCUGGCGAGCGGGCGUACCUCUUGACGAGCCACAUGAAGGCGAUGGGACUCAUGGACUCCGCUCGCAUCACUUCCUGGCAUUUCAGCAUGUCGCUUGUUAACCUCCCCGGGUGGAUCGCUGUCGCGGUCAUCUGGCGCUUCCGCAUCUUCACGGCGACAAACGUCGGUAUCACACUCCUCAUCCACAUCCUCCUGGGUCUCAUCUUGGCGAGCUGGUCGUUCUUCAUCGCCACACCGUUUGGAAAGAGUCCGCAGCUCGCAGCCAUCGUCUCUGCCGUCGUCGCGUGCAUCCUCGCCAUUGUCACGCUCGUCAUCGGGAAUGUGAGCAAUGUCCUCGCAGUCAUCAUCACGCUGGCCUUUCCACCUGGGUUCUAUAUCUUCGCCAUCCGCUCCGUGGUUGGCUUCGAGCUGCAUCAGGUCGGCGCCAACUUAGUAAAGGGAGAUCCAGACAACAACGUGAUGCUGCUUCCAAUCAUUAUCGCUGCGAUCGCCGACAUCUUCAUCUGGCCGUGCCUUGCAGUGAUACUGGAGAGUUGGCUAUACGACGCGAAGAACCUAUCGAAGUCAUGGAAGCGAAAACAUUCUACAGCCGAAGAGAGAGCUCCAUUGAUACCACCGGAUGUGGCCAUCUCCAUGAAGCAUCUGGGCAAGGACUUCAAGACGUCUCGCUUCAUGGGGCGCAAGACCAUCGUUAGCGCCGUGGAGGACCUCAGUCUCGAUAUUCCGAAGACGGGUAUUUUCGUCCUGCUCGGAUCGAAUGGGGCGGGAAAGUCUACAACGAUGUCCAUCCUUGCGGGCCUGCUUGGCCGGACACGGGGCUCUGUCACUUUUGAAGGCGGUGUUGACCGGCCGCCUCUGGGCACCAUCGGACUGGUACCUCAGAAGAACGUCCUGUUCCCGGAACUGACAUGCUACCAGACGCUGCGGCUGUGGAAGGCCAUCAAACCUCCCAGAGACGGCGUGUCGGAUGACGAGGAUAUCGAACAGCUGUUACGCGACUGUGAUCUAGGCAAGAAGAUCCACUACAAUGCCAGUGCGUUGAGUGGUGGUCAGAAGCGUAAGCUGCAGCUGGCGAUCGGCAUGGUUGGAGGCGCUCAAAUCUUGUUGGUAGACGAGUGUACUUCCGGAGUGGACCCGCUCUCUCGGCGUGCGUUGUGGAAGAUAUUGUCUUCUGUACGUUACGACAGAACCGUCGUAUUCACGACUCAUUUCCUCGAUGAAGCAGAUCUCUUGGGUGACACCGUCGCGGUACUCGCUGCCCCCGGCAGACUGGUCGCUCAGGGUACUCCGGUGGCCCUGAAGUCCCGCUACGGUGAUGGCUACAACGUACAAGUGUCUUUCGACACAGAGCAGCCGUUGGAGAAGCCUUCGUCUGACGCGUCACAGCUGCUGGAUGUCAUUAGGCCCUUCGCGCCUUCUGCCUACGCCGUCUCGGCAGGUCUUGCGGAGGUCACGUACUUCCUGCAGACGAAGGAUCCAUGGGUCGUUCACAAGGUGUUGGAAGUCAUUCAGCAGGAGCAUGAGGCCGGACGACUGGGGUCUUAUUCCGUCGCGAACACGUCCAUGGAAGACGUCUUCUUGACACUGAUGAAUGCUAACCAGAGCUUCUCACCCGACUUCCACCCCAAGUCAUUGGAUGGCUCGACAUUCUCGACACACGAUAGCACCCUGAAGUCAAAUAGCGACUUCUCACAGAAGGCGCAUCUCCGUUCAAGUUCAUACAGCUCGGUAUCUUUGCCAAUGCUCUCGUACGAGAAGACUUCCGAGCUUAACUUGACGAACGGUCGGAGGAAGUCUGUUUUUGGCCAGGCACUGACGAUCUUCUACAAGCGUUUCCUCAUUGCACGGCGCAGCUGGUUGUCCCCCGUGUUGAUGAUCCUGAUCACUGCCGCAGGUGCAUCGAUUCCGUUAUGGUUCAUGUCUGGUCUCGCCGCCCCAACCUGCGUGCAGCCGCUCAAAACCGUGUACCCCACUCAGCUCUACGUGCCAUGGUCACCGCUCGUUUCUCUCAUGUCGAGCAAGAUUCCAGGAAAACGGGUUCUCCAAUAUCCUCCCGGUCUCAUUGAGACACUGGGGCCUUCUUUUGGAGGCAUCCCGGUGCACAACUUCCAGGACAACGCGAGCUUCGUCAACUACGUCAACCAGAACUACCGGAAUCUCUCGAUGGGUGGAGUGUCUCUCGAUUACGACACGGGCGCCACUCUCAUUGCUUGGGAGGCCACACCGCCAGGGCUGACGGGCUUGAGUCUGUUAAACUUGGCAUCGAAUCUCCUGUACGAUCACGCAUUGAACGAGACGAAUACCGUCGCCACGCGCGUGAUCGCUGCCAAUUACGAGAAGCUAGCAGGAUUCGACUCUGGGAUCUUGGUGAUGCUUAAGUUCAUGGCGUUCUUUGGCGCUGCUUUGUCGGUGUUCCCAGCAUUCUUCGGUCUCUACGUUUCCAAGGAGCGACGAUCGGCAGUACAGGCCAUGCAGUUCUCCAAUGGCUUGUCAAACCCUGCCGGCCUCUGGCUCGGACAUCUUAUGUUUGAUUCGAUCUUCGCCGUAUUUAUCGCGACCCUCAUUAUUGUUAUAUACGCUUUUGCUUCAAACCAGUUCGCCGCGCUGCCUUUCUUCUGGCUUGUCUUGGUGCUGUACGGCAUCGUCGGUGCACUGUUCUCUUACACCAUCUCUUUGGCCGUCCCUUCGCCGCUCGCCGCGUUCGCGGCUACAGCCGGCUACCAAGCUGUGAUGUUCCUGCUCUACCUCGCCGGUUUCCUUCUGACUGCAACAUAUGCCACCGUGACCUCCGAGAGCCGUGACCUUACGUUCAUUCACUUCUUCGUGGCGAUCCUGUCUCCGAUCGCCAAUGCAGUGCAUGCUGCGUUCGUCUCUCUGAACCUAUUCUCCCUCCUCUGCACCAACGCGCCCGCCACUGCCGCCUCCGAGGCCAUGCCCUCCCGGUUCGGGGGGCCGAUUAUCUACCUGUUUGUCUACUUGUUCGUCCUGUUUGGCAUCCUCGUCUGGGUCGACUCCGGGGCGAUCCUGCCACGCAAGAAGACCGCGAAGGCGGCAACGUCCGCCUUCGUCCGCCGGUUCAGCAGGAAAUCGUUCCAGGCGAGCAAGCACGGCGUGUAUGAGGAGGCGAUGAAGGUCGCAACGUCGGACGAUACGCUCCGGGUGCUGAACGUCGUCAAAGCGUACGGAAGCCCGAACAACCGGGUGGUCGACAAUGCGAGCUUUGGGGUGUCGCAGAAUACGGUUCUGGCGCUCCUUGGUCCCAAUGGCGCCGGAAAGACGACGACGUUCAAUAUGAUCCGUGGCGACGUUAUUCCUGACUCAGGCGACGUGCUCAUCAACGGUAUCUCCGUCGUGAAGAACCCCCGAACAGCCCGCCUCGCCCUCGGAGUCUGUCCUCAAUUCACUGCCAUCGACUCCGAGCUUACAGUCCGAGAACACCUCGUUGUGUACGGCCGUCUCAAGGGUCUUAAGCCCGGUGUGGAGCUUGAGCGCAACGUCGAGGCCCUCCUUCACGGGACGUCGCUGCACCAGUACGCAGACCGGUUGGCGGCGCGUCUGUCGGGCGGCAACCAGCGCAAGCUGGCGUUGGCUAUUGCGCUGAUGGGUAACCCGGCUGUGGUGCUCAUUGAUGAGUUUUCGUCAGGCGUGGACGCGAAGAUGAAGCGCGAUAUGUGGGACACGCUCAGGAGCGUUGCAGGUGGGAAGGCAAUUGUCAUUACGACACACUCUAUGGAGGAGGCAUCCGCGCUCGCCACAAAAGUCGGUAUCCUGGCGAAGAAGAUGCUGGCUGUUGGGACGACAGAGACUCUGGCCGAACGGUAUGCUACCUACGAAGUUCACUUCUCAUGUCGAACAAGAGACGAGAUCGUCAGAGCGCGAAUACUCAUGUCGCAACUACCUGGCGCUCGCAUGGCCGACGACGUCGCAACACGCUUCGAGGUGCCAAUAGACGACGGGAUGUCGCUUGCGCGACUCUUCGGUGUUCUCUCCUCACAGGAUGAGCUCACCGAGUUUUCCAUCGAAAAGGCGGGCUUGGAGAGCGUCUUCUUGAAGGUCAUCCGUGAGAAUGCUAUACAGGAAGAGGACUCACGGACAAGUAAGGGACGCUGGUGGAGGAUUUGUUAG